AUUCUACAUUAUCAUGGUGUAGUGAAGUCCAUGCUAGGCCUCGGUCAGUUAUCUACUGUAAUGACUCAGGUCAAUGGAGUGCUUGCAAACAGGUCUGAAUGGAUUUCUGAACUGAACACUUACAGAGUGGAAGCAGCCUGGAAACUGUCGCAGUGGGAUUUACUGGAAAAUUAUUUGGCUUCAGAUGUGAAAUCCACUACUUGGAGUGUCAGACUAGGACACUUGUUGUUAUCAGCCAAGAAGAAAAAUGAAGCAGCGUUUUAUGAAACACUGAAGGUUGUUCGAGCAGAACAGAUUGUACCCCUUUCAGCAGCAAGCUUCGAAAGAGGAUCCUAUCAGCGAGGAUACGAACACAUUAUCAGGUUGCAUAUGCUGUGUGAGUUGGAACACAGUAUUGGACCCAUGUUUCAGCAACCAGAUGGUGACCACCAUAGAGAUUCCCUGAACUGGUGUGCUCGUAUUGAAAUGACCCAGAAUUCUUACAGAGCAAAAGAACCCAUUUUAGCACUGAGAAGGGCUUUGCUUAGUCUCAGUAAAAGCCAGGAUUACAGUGAGCUUGUUGGUCAGUGUUGGCUCCAGAGUGCUAGAGUUGCAAGAAAAGCUGGUCAUCACCAGACUGCGUAUAAUGCUCUUCUGAACGCCGGGGAAUCUACGCUCUCCGAACUUUACAUAGAACGAGCAAAGUGGCUCUGGUCCAAGGGUGAGGUUCAUCAAGCGCUCAUUGUUCUCCAGAAGGGGGUUGACUUAUGUUUCUCUGAAAAUAAAGCACCAUGCAACACCAAAAAUCAGCUCAUCCAUGGUCGAGCAAUGCUGCUAGUGGGCAGGUUUAUGGAAGAAACUGCGAACUUUGAGAGCAAUGCAGUUAUGAAAAAGUAUAAGGAUGUUACAGUUUUCUUGCCAGAAUGGGAAGAUGGACAUUUUUAUCUUGCUAAAUAUUAUGAUAAAUUAAUGCCGAUGGUAACUGACAACAAGAUGGAAAAACAAGGAGAUCUGAUUAGAUACAUAGUUCAUCAUUUUGGGAGGUCUCUACAGUAUGGCAACCAAUUCAUCUAUCAGUCAAUGCCGAGGAUGCUAUCUUUAUGGCUGGACUUCGGAGCAAAGGCAUAUGACUGUGAUAAAGCGAGUCGUUCAGAGCGUGUUCAAAUGAAAAAUGAUUUAGCUAAAAUAAAUAAGGUGAUUACAGAGCACACGAAUCACCUGGCACCUUACCAGUUUCUGACAGCUUUUUCUCAGUUAAUCUCCCGAAUCUGCCAUUCUCAUGAUGAAGUCUUCGCAGUUUUGAUGGUGAUUGUUGCUAAAGUGUUUUUAGCCUAUCCACAGCAAGCAAUGUGGAUGAUGACUGCUGUGUCCAAGUCCUCUUACCCUAUGCGUGUCAACAGAUGUAAGGAAAUUCUAAACAAAGCAAUUCACAUGAAGGAAUCUUUAGGAAAAUUUAUUGGAGAUGCAACACGCCUUACAGAUAAGCUAUUAGAGCUGUGCAACAAACCGGUUGAUGGAAACAGCUCAACAUUAAGCAUGAAUAUUCAUUUCAGAACACUUAAGAGAUUAGUGGAAGAGCACACAUUUAGUGAAAUUCUCAUUCCCUUACAAUCUGUAAUGAUACCGACCCUUCCUUCAAUUCCUGGUACACAUGCUAACCAUGACCCUUUUCCUGGAUGCUGGGCCUACAUUGCAGGCUUUGAUGAUACGGUGGAAAUUCUUGCAUCACUUCAAAAGCCAAAAAAGAUCACCUUAAAAGGUUCAGAUGGGAAAUCUUACAUUAUGAUGUGUAAGCCAAAAGAUGAUCUUAGAAAAGACUGUCGGCUCAUGGAAUUCAACUCCCUUAUCAAUAAGUGCUUAAGAAAAGAUGCGGAGUCACGUAGGCGAGAACUUCAUAUUCGAACCUAUGCAGUUAUUCCAUUAAAUGAUGAAUGUGGCAUAAUUGAAUGGGUGAACAAUACUGCUGGUUUAAGAAAUAUCCUGAUUAAACUUUAUAAGGAGAAAGGUAUCUAUAUGACCGGAAAAGAAUUGCGCCAGCAUAUGCUUCCAAAGUCAGCACCUUUGUCGGAGAAGUUGAAAAUGUUCAAAGAGGUCCUUCUGCCUCGUCAUCCUCCGCUCUUUCAUGAAUGGUUUCUUAGAACGUUUCCUGAUCCUACUUCGUGGUACAACAGCAGGUCAGCCUAUUGUCGUUCUGUUGCAGUUAUGUCAAUGGUAGGUUACAUACUGGGUCUAGGAGACCGUCACGGUGAAAACAUCUUGUUUGAUUCUUUGACUGGUGAAUGUGUGCAUGUGGAUUUCAACUGCCUUUUCAAUAAGGGAGAAACUUUUGAAGUUCCGGAAAUUGUUCCUUUUCGUCUCACUCACAACAUGAUUAGUGGAAUGGGUCCAAUGGGAACAGAAGGUCUGUUUCGAAGAGCUUGUGAAGUCACCAUGAGGCUUAUGCGUGAUCAAAGGGAGCCUCUAAUGAGUGUCUUAAAGACUUUUCUCCAUGAUCCUCUUGUGGAAUGGAGCAAACCUGUUAAAGGGAACACAAAAGCACAGGUUAAUGAAACUGGAGAAGUUGUCAAUGAAAAGGCCAAAACCCAUGUCCUGGAUAUAGAACAACGUCUGCAAGGUGUCAUUAAGACUAGAAACAGAAUAAAAGGAUUACCCUUAUCUAUUGAAGGGCAUGUUCAUUACCUUAUUCAAGAAGCAAGUGAUGACAACCUGCUCUGCCAGAUGUAUAUGGGCUGGGCUCCAUAUAUGUGAAAUUUGUUUGGAAUGAUACCAUUCAGGAGUGAUGUAGCUAUAAUCUUGAGAAGGUAUCAAUCAGUGAUAACUGGUUGCUUCUGUUGAUUUCUGGUUGUAACUAGCAAGACUUACGAUCAAUCUGUCAUUAUGUAAAAUAGACUAUUCACUUGCAAGUAUG